UUUUAAAAUUAAAUUCACAUUUUUGUUUUUUUUAAACUGUGUAUAAAACUUUGUUGCUAUAGUUACAAUAAUAACGGUGAGUUAAUUUAUCACAGUGUCUCUUCUGUUUGUUGGACUUUUUGUUAUCUUCGACGAAUUUUCGUAAGUAGCAGACGUGAAUAAAUUAAAAUGGAUGAAAGAGAACAACAUGGCGGAUGAGUUAGUGAAGUAUAUAUAGCUGUGGUAUUCUGUCGCCUGUCAAUAAAGUUUCAGACAUAAGACCUGGACACAAUGUGCUGCUGUUUCAAGUUGCCCAGGUACCAACGCAAGGACAUCGUUGACUUGAAAGAUAUCAUGUUUGAUUUCACUUGGAACAGGUUCAAGAAAAAUCUUACUAGCGCCCAGAAAUUGUUCCUCCGUAAAGGUCAAUUUGAAUUUUUCCUGCCGGAAUCUUCCAUCGUGUUCACUCAGGUCAAGUACACACAGGAAGACAAACAGGCAGCAGACGUGACUGGAGUGAACUCCCUUGAUAAAACCCAUGUCUCGAAAGUGGACGAGCCGUCAUCUGCUGACGAAAACAGGUCUGGGGCCUCUCUGGAGACAGUGUUUGACAAUGACACCAAAGAGAAGCAGACGUACAAGUUUCGCUUUGAGAAGACGCGGAAGACAGUCGUCACGGUGUCUUGUUUAAAGAGCUUCACAUUUGGCGGGAAGGCCAACUUCAGCGUAGGAAUUCCAAGAAAUGUAAACCUGGGUCUUGACAGCGAUUUACAUUUUCAAGUGACCCAAACAGAUGGACAGACCUUCGAGGAGACAACCCUGAUGGAAGCAACAAGUGACAUAACCGUCAGCCCACACAGUAAGUGCACAGUGGUUGUCUACCUUGACGAGAGACCCUUCCACCAAGAGUUCACCACCGUCACCCGCAUGUCCCUGCCCAAGGAAGGCGUCUCUGUGUUCAUUCGCAGGAAGUCAGACAAGGAGACUGUGUUCGGGACGAAAGUUGAAAACCUGCAGUGCGUCUUCGACCCAACCAAAAUUAGGUGUCAUCUUGUGGACAAAUCUGAAGGGGAUCCAGAGCUGCAAAUGGACUUUGAAACCACUGGAGUGAUCCAAGGAGUGAUAGCUUGCAAACAUAAAAUUCUCUUAAAAAGUGAUGGUGGGAAUUGAUUACUUCAGGUCGUAUUUUAGUUUCAUUACUAUUUUUCAGUUUUAAAAAGACACUAGCCUAAAGGAUAGUUGUUAAAUAGUUAUGUACUGUGAACUUAAAGAGUUGUGCUUUUAAGUGCAAUGUGUACAACUUAGCCAGAGUUGUGCAUUUCUGAUUUUCAGUGCAUGGUGCACAGUGAACUCAGCCAGAGUUGUGCAUUUCUGAUUUUCAGUGCAUAGUGCACAGUGAACUCAGCCAGAGUUGUGCAUUUCUGAUUUUCAGUGCAUAGUGCACAGUGAACUCAGCCAGAGUUGUGCAUUUCAGUGCACCAUGUAGAGCACUUUGGAAUGUGAAAUGUAGUGUGCAAUGAACAGAGGGAAAUGAUUGGACUAGAAGGAUUAUAUGCCAAUAUUUUUCUUAUUCUAUAUCCUAGGACAAAUGUUUACAAGUUCUCUUUCUUCCCUGGUGCCAGUUGUUGCAUGCAACGGGUUGCAUGAAUCAGCCAGGAAAACCAAAGACUUAGCAGAGUUUAAGUCUCUACUUAGCAUGCACUAGAUUAACACUUGGAUAUGCUUAGGGUGGAAUUAUUAUUUUCUUAAGGUUUGCCUGUAUUUUAUACAUUUUCUUUUUGCCUUAUGUACAUUAAGCAAAAUGAAAACAUUUUACAGAGAACAAAAAAAUGUGAAUGAAAUUUUCCCUGAUGUAUUGAAGAAUUUGCAAUCAGAAAAAAAGCUUUGACAGUCUUGUUGAAGAUGAGAUUAAACAAUUAUACAGAAAACACUAAACUGUUCAGUUCGAUAUGUUACAGUCCAGUUACAGCAAUCAAGUGAUUCUAAUGAGUCUAUUUGCUAAAGUGUAGAUACUUCAACAAGAUUCUUGCGGUAAAAUAAAUUUUCAUAAAUGCCAA